AUGAGAGUCAGUCAUACCAUUUUGAACUUGUUCUUCUUAGCAGGUGCCAUUUUAUUAUUAAUCUUUACUGUCUUAGCUGGUUCUUCCUCUAGCUACCCAUUAGAUAGAUUUUAUUGGUUAGCAGCUGAUACUCAACAUAUUCCUAAUGCUCCACAAGAAGCUGCUUGGACUUUCUGGGGUGUUUGUGAAAAAGAUGAUUACACUCAAUGUACUUUAGGUCCAGCUUAUCCAAUUUCUCCAGUUGAUAACUUCAACACUCAAGAAAAUGUUCCUCAAAGUUUCAUUAGCAACAGAGAUGUUUACUACUAUUUAACCAGAUUUUCAUUUGCAUUUACUAUUGUUGCCUUAUGUUUCUCUGGUUUAGCCUUCAUUAUCGAUAUUUUAGGUCUUUGUUUCCUUGUUGUCGAUAAAGUCGUUAUCUUUUUAGUCACUGUUGGUCUUUUCUUCCUUUUCGCCUUUGCUGCUUUCCAAACUGCUGCUGUAGUUUUAGCUAGAAAUGCUUUCCAUAAUGCCGGAUUAGAUGCUCAUAUUGGUCUUAAAUCAAUGGCUAUUCUUUGGGCUGCUGUUGCCGCAUUAAUUCUUGUUUGGCUUAACACUUUCUCUUCUAAUAUUGCUAACUCUUACAGAAAGCAUAUUACUAAUGUUAAGAAUGCUAAGGAUGCUGAAGCUGGUAUUUUACCACCUCCAGGUGGUCCAUUAGGUGAUGAAUCUUCUUUUACUAGAGCCACUGCUGAUCAUGAUGUUCCAAAGGAAGAAGACAAUUCUGGUGGUAUUAGAUUCUUUAAGAUUAAGAGAAACCACAAGACUUCAGAUGAAGAAAGUGUUUAA